UGACUAUAACACACAAGCGUGUGUAAACACAUGUAUGUACAUGGCAUGAUUUGCAGUGAUAGAUUAGUAGGAAUGGGUGAAUAUAUAAAAUAAAAUAAAGCCAUCACUUCACUUGCCUUCUCUCUUUCUUUUAUCAACGCCCCCUACGCCCCCACCCCACCUAAUUCCCCUCUUCAUUUCUCUCCAUCAUCAACAACAAAUGAAGAUCCUCUGCGACGUUUGCGACAAAGGCGAGGCGGCCUUCUACUGCACCGCCGACGAGGCGUCCCUAUGCGCCGCCUGCGACCACCGUGUCCACCACGCCAACAAGCUCGCCGGCAAACACCAGCGCUUCUCCCUCCUCCACCCCUCCCCCAAACACACCCCCCUCUGCGACAUCUGCCAGGAGAGAGGCGCGUUUUUAUUUUGCCAGGAAGAUAGAGCGAUUUUGUGCAGGGAAUGCGACAUUCCAAUCCACAAAGCCAACCAACACACGCAGAAACACAGCAGAUUCCUCCUCACCGGCGUCAGGCUCUCCGCAUCUCCGGCUCUCUACUCCGAAUCUCCGGCAGCCCCCGCAACAUGUACACCUCCCCCAGCCAAGGGUACAACAGCGCAAGACCACAAAAGCACUAGUAAUCUCCACUUCUCAACAAGUAGCAUUUCCGAAUACUUGAUCGAAACGCUCCCAGGCUGGCACGUCGAGGACCUUCUAGAUUCUUCAUCCCCUUCCCCUUCCGCUUUCUGCAAGAGUGCGGAUAGUGAUUUGGUGCUUCCAUUUUGGGAGGGUGAUCUCCACAGCAACAGUAUUAAUAGUAGUGGAUUUCCUACAGAAAACAUGGGAUUUUGGGUCCCUCAAGUUCAAGUGCACCAAAAUCAAAGCCAAUCAUUUCUAUUCAAUAAUGAUAGUGUGGGCUUUGGAUUAGGAAAUGCAAAUGGGCGCAGGGAUCAGUUCAAAGAAUUUUCCACAAAUAGCAUCAGAUCCACCAGAAAAAGAAGCGACGACAACUCUUUUGCAGUUCCACAGAUCAGCCCUUCAUCCGCUGCUGUCUCCAUCAAGAGAUCAAAAUUAUUUUGGUGAAAAAAACAAAAAAAAAAAUCCAAUCUUUUUCAUAACCCAUUAUCUGAAAAUCCGAGAUCUCAAUUCCCAUUUUGUAUUCUUCUUCUUUUCGUUCCAAUUUGUCAGAUUUUUGGUCUGUAGUUUAUUAUCUUAAUUGUAUUUUUUUCACUUUCUCCUUUUGUAAAUAUCUUCUUGUGUUUGUUGCAUUUAAUGAAAGAAGAGCUACUAAAAUCACAAGUCACUUUUUUA